AUGGCUGACCCAGAGGCGGAGGCCAGAGCCGACCUUGAGGAUGGAGUUGUAGAGGUUCCACAAACAGGUGGAGGAGAGAGUGAAGUUCCCCACGAACAGGUUGCAGAGACACAGCAAAUGGAAAGUGCAAAAUUAGAGGUGGUGUCUGUUGGAGAUCAAGACCUUCCAGCUCCCACUCCUCCCCUCGAGAGCCACAAUGUCAGCAUAUCAGCAGAAAACAGCACCAAUAACCCAGGCUCUGAGAAUGUAGAGCAGACAGACUGUCAGACAGACUCUACCAACAAUUUCCAAGCACAAUGUUCAAGUCCAGGAAUGCCUGUUACUAAAGUUCAGCCCUUCCUGUCAGAAGACAAAACACUCAGAGGUCGUUUAUUUGCACGAAGAAUGGAGCUUUUAAUUGGUGUCUGCAUAUUGCUCAUUGUUAUCUUUGUCCUUGGCAUCGGUCUGGGAGUGGGCCUGAGCUGUAGAGGGAAGUUCCGGUGCAGCUCAUCGGUCUGUGUCAGUAUCUCUGCACAGUGUGAUGGACACAUUGACUGUGAACAUGGCGAAGAUGAGCUCAGCUGUGUGCGUGUUAGUGGGAAGAGUUCAGUGCUGCAGGUGUUAAAUGGAGGAGUCUGGAGCACUGUGUGUUCAGAAACAUGGGAGUCUGAGCUGGGCUUCUCUGCCUGCAAACAGCUGGGAUACUCCAGUUAUGUGGAGUCUGGUUCCCUCUCUCUCACCUCGAUUGAACAAGACCUUCAGGAUAAUCUGGUGUCUAUCAACCUGAGCCAGCAGAAUCCUCUGCAUCCAAUCAAGAUACACAACACAACUAACCUGAGCAAAACUGAAUGCAGAUCAGGAAAGAUAAUAACUUUAAGGUGCUUGGAGUGUGGUUCCCGACCCCAGUACAGUGCACGUAUAGUGGGGGGUAACCUGUCUCAAGAAGGCCAGUUUCCUUGGCAGGUGAGUCUUCAAUUCCAUUAUGAGCACCUGUGUGGAGGAUCUAUUGUAGGAACACGGUGGAUAUUAACAGCUGCACAUUGUGUGUAUGGCUUUGCGUACCCCCCUUUAUGGACGGUACUCGCUGGACUCACAGAGCAGCCAGCCACUGGGGCCAAGUAUCUGACUGUAGAGAAAAUUAUUUAUCAUGGCCGCUACAGACCCAAAGGCCUGGACUAUGACAUCGCCCUGCUGAAACUGUCAAAGCCACUUACCUUCAAUGGCUACAUUGAGCCCAUCUGCCUACCAAACUUUGGAGAAGAGUUUGAGGAUGGGAAGAUAUGCUGGAUUUCAGGAUGGGGAGCCACGGAGGAUGGAGGUGAAGCAAGUGUGUCUCUGCAUUCUGCGAAGGUGCCGCUGAUCUCGACCAAAGCCUGCAGUCAGCCUGAAGUCUACCAGGGCUACAUCUCCCCUGGCAUGAUCUGUGCAGGAUACCUCGAAGGAGGAACUGACUCCUGCCAGGGGGACAGCGGUGGUCCUCUGGCCUGUGAAGAAUCAUCUGUGUGGAAGCUGGUAGGAGCUACAAGUUGGGGUCAGGGCUGCGCUGAGCGAAACAAACCUGGAGUUUAUACACGCAUCACACAAGCUCUCACCUGGAUUCAUCAACAAAUGGAGAGAGAAGAAACACUUUACCCCUCUCCCAUCAGUUCAGACAACUGA